AUGAACGCCGAUGUGCUUAAGCAAAUUCAGCCUACCGACAAAGUGGUUGUGAUCUGGGGUACCUCUGCCUCCCAGACUGCUCCCUCGAAUGCCGAUAUGCAGUCUCUGCUCGAAAGUCUGAAGUCUACCGUUACUGGUGGUAGCGUUCAACUGGAAAAUUUCGACAUCCUAACAAAUAGCUCGGCACCCCUAAACGCCGACAUCAUUUUAAGUGGGUGGCCGGCCCCCUUCCCUUUUGGCAAACACGAUUUUACAUAUUUUUCUCAAUUGGUUGUCAAGAUGCCAGCUGGCGGGCGAUUGAUUGCUAGGGAAGUGUUCGAAGGAGACUUGGCCAAAGCCGUGGAAAGAAUUCGGAAGGCUGCUGUUCUUGGUGGCCUAAUCAAUAUCAAAUUUAUUGAAUCAGAAAGUGGAAUUAUCUGCUUGAACGCCUCGACGCCCUCCACUUACCAGCUAGGAACUGACACCAAGCUUCCUUGGGCUUCUGAAAUGGUUUCCGAUGAUGUAUGGAAGGCCGUAGAAUCAGAAGAAGGAGGAGGCAAACUAAUCAACACCGAGGAACUGUUAACUGCAGCUGACCUCCAGAAGCCUGCAACUGCGCCCUGUGGAGAGCCCACUAAUGACAGUAGUAGGAAGAAACGAGCCUGCAAAAACUGUACCUGUGGACUCGCUAAACUUGAGGCCGAGGAGGCUGCUAGAGAUGCAGAAAAAUCCGACACAGCAGCUGUCAAAUCAGCCUGUGGUAACUGCUACCUUGGAGACGCUUUCCGUUGUUCGUCUUGUCCUUACAAAGGAUUGCCACCCUUCAAGCCGGGAGAACAAGUCGUCAUUCCUAAUGACUUGCUCUCUGCAGACAUGUAA